ACUCAAACUAUUUCAAUCACUCCAAUCCUCGAAUCAUUUCAAGUUUUCUUGCCAGAUUCCAAGACUUUCUGACUUGCUUUACCAUAAUCAAUGCCAAUCUCUGCAUCUCUGUAGUAGUUCAUCGCCGUCCCCGUCUAAAUGCCGCCAGUAUCAUCAUCCACACUUCCCUUUAUGAUAUUUCCAUUCCUAUGAGAAUAAAUGGUAGCGAAACACUCCUGGCUAUAUGAUUCAAAUAAGCAAGUAUUUAUUUGGGGAAACCGAAGGAUUACGGGGCGUAGAUUGGAUGGUGUGUUACCCGAAGCCAUCAGUUGACAAAAUCGUACCUUUCGACCUUGCUUUUGAUCAUAUUCCUUUUCUUUCUUCAGCGACCAUUCUUUGGUGUAUGACUUAAUAUGGCUUCCAAUACCGAUGGGACCGCAGGCGAGGUAAUUGCUGCCGGUGUUGUUUUCCCCGUCCUUUGAGCUAUCACAGUGGCCUUGAGAUUUUAUAUACGCAGCACUAGAGGCAAUAAAGUGGGCCUGGACGAUAUUUUAAUUCUUCCUGGACUGGUACGUCUAUUAUAAACCCGUUUUACUUCUGGAUGUUCGCACUUGUUCUGACUAUCGGUGACACUAGUUGAUGCUCAUUGGAAUGGGAGCAACCCUGAUCGAGGGCAAGUCACUCUAUAGCUAGCGCCUAUUACAUACAAACUCUAACCUUUGUUCCUUUCUUUCAGGUGUCAGAAAACAUGCAAUCGGAUAUCGCACCCCACCUAGCUCUGCAACUACGCCAGAAGAGGUUUUAUCAGAGAUAGACCCAAAAACGUCAAUAGUGGAACAGGUUGAAUAUGCAGUUACACUGUUGAUGAUCCUCACGUAUGGUUUCAUCAAAUGCAGCAUCGUACUCUUCUACAGACGUGUCUUUGUUGUCGAUAAUGGUAGUGCGUUCAGUAUACUUGUAUGGAUUUCAUUUGGCAUUGUCGUCGCCUGGACCAUUACUUUCUUCUUGCUCUUCCUCUUCCUCUGUGGUACACACUUUUCCGCAGCUUGGGGCUCUCGAGCAGGACUUAUCCGCUAUUGCAGCAAUAGCUUAAAAAAAGAGGAAGGGCUGUAUAUCUCAGAGUUCUUGAUCAAUAUCUUACUCGUUGUCAUGCCUAUGCCAAUGGUGGGUGACCACGUUAUAUUUCCAGGUACGGGCUUCCGAAUUAAUGUUGCUACAGAUCUGGCGCCUCCAUAUGCCCUUGGGAAGAAAGCUUGCUGUGACUGGCAUUUUCCUGCUAGCGUUCUUGUAAUUGCACCUCUUUCCUAAUUGAUCUACUUGGCCAUCUCAUUGACAUUUCUUAGGGCACUCGUGGCAUCAAUUAUACGGCUUGGGAUUGUUAUUAGUCUGACAACUGAAAGCAUCGCAACUCUCCACGUUGAUGAGAAUCGUAUGUUAGAUGUAUUCCUCCAAAGUCACAUUCCUAAUAUGCAGUCACCCUAUCCACCAUAUUUUAUUGGAGCCAAAUAGAAGCAGGUCUUGCUUUGGUAGCAUGUUGUCUCCCCACUCUGAAGCCGCUGUUUAGUGCACAAGGGAUCGCCUCAGUAGUGGCUAGCCUGCGGAGUGCCAUUUCUCUGCAGUCUCUUCAGUCUAGAACCGGCGAGUCGAACCGCUCCAGAAAAUCCAAAGAUUCAAGAAACCCAACUACAAAGGGCUCAAACGCAUACAAAAAUAUUGACGAAUCAUCUAAUACAGAACUACGAGGCGAUCACAACGCGAUUAUGGAAAUGGACAACACGGCUACACAUUCAGAUGUUGAUGGCCUACAAAGAGAUCUGGAGCCAGGAAAGAUUAGGGUCAGAAGAGAGGUGAGAGUUGCGGAUGAAUUUCCUUAUGAAUAAGUCGACCCGUUAUCUACCUCAGCCCUGCAACGUAUUACGGCUAUGUUGUGUUGUACUUUGGCACAGUUACAGGUGUACAGAUGUAUGGGUGUACGAUAGGAUAUGUUUUUUGUCCCGUGAGAGAUACGAGAGCGGUUAGUAUGAAUUUUUGUAGUAUUGCGCUAUCAUGACUAUGGUGCAAAUCACAAUGUACUAUCCGUCUGAAGGAUGGAAAACAGAGACGGCGAGAAUGAAACAUAGUGAAAAAAGUGUAGCUGGAGAGCUAGAGAUAAUGUAUCGAAACUUCACGUGGAGGAAAGAGAAUUUUC